AUGUCCGACACUUGUAUUGUGUGUUUAGGAGACCUUGGCGAAAGCGCCAGCGAUCCUCUUGCCGUCACCGCCGAGGCCGCGCCAAGACCUGAUCCCCGAGUAGAUGGCAAGCCCAAUGACCCUUCUACCGAGGCGGACGGCGUGGACGGCAAUGAGGAUGCUGGCCAGAUCGCCCAGUUACUCCCUUGCGGCCAUAUCCUGCACAAUAAUUGCCUGAAACCAUGGGUCGAAAGGGCCAACAGUUGUCCCAUUUGCCGCCGCAGCUUCAACAUGGUGGAGCUGAGGGAGCGGCUCGGAGGUCCCGUAUCGUCAUCUUACUCCGUGCAAGACAGAACGCAAGUGGCGGACGUUGAUCCCUCCAUGGUAAUAGAAUAUAUAGAUGAUGAUCUGGCUGAGUUCCCACCGUGUCUUAUAUGUGGGGACGCAGAUAAUGAUGAACUCCUGCUUCUCUGCGAUGCGUGCGAUGCCCCGUCUCACACCUACUGUGUCGGGCUCGAUACCGUGCCGUCCGGGCCUUGGUAUUGCUCGCGCUGCCUCAUCCAACGCACGUCGGGUUCCUCCUCCGAGAUGGCCGAGCGAUCCCUCCGGACUCCGGACCGCCGCGGUCGCCGCACGAGGGCACAGCAGCGCAGACUGCAGAGUAGGAAUCAGAUGAACUCUCUUCACUGGGCACGGGUAUGGCAGUCCGUCUGGGAUCAUCUCAACCUUGACUUGGAUUUUCCUUUUGAUGAUGACAGGGCUGUAGAGCGUGCUCGUCAGCAACAACGACGCGAGGAGGCAAACCAGCGAGAGUUUCGAGUCUGGCAGCGUCGUUUCGAGGUUGCCGAGCAGCAGGGUGGUAACAAUCGAUUCCGAGACACGGCUGCUCUCCUCGACCUCGAAGUUGCUCGGCCGUCACGGCCUCGUGUCCCACGAGAACCUACUCCAGAGCCCGAGUCUCUUGAAGAAAUGCGAGCAUGGAACGCUUUCGAGAGGGCUCGAGAGAUUGAAAACAACCCCCAUGCCGCGAGAAAGAGAAAGGAACCCACUUUGUCGCCAUCACCGGAGCCUACUGAGCCCGAAAGAAAGCUGAAGCGUCCACGAACCCGCAGAGCUCAGGAUCUGGCGGCUCUGGCUACGCAGAAUGGAGAAUCCUCUCGAACUGCUAGCGCCCAAGCCUCUGCUCGUAUCAAUGCCGAGGGGUCGAGCGAGCCAAGCUUCCUUUCAUCCCUUCUUAAGGAAGUAGAGGAUUCCUCAACUCCUCGUGGCGCUAAUUCGCAAGGCCCCUCGGCCCAAGUUUCGGUAGCACCAACCGACCAUCCAUCCCCUGGGCCCUCAUCCCCAUCAAUAUCGCCUGCUCCCUCCAAUCACUCUUCUCCCCAACUAUCAUCUUCAACACCGCCCCCGCACCUUCGGAGCAGGCCGAUUUCUCCAAUCCAACUCGCGUCCCCCACGGACCGGUCGUCUCCACCGUUCUCACCAGACGUGUCACCGGUCGGCGCUGUCAAUGGCACUCGGGAAGAUACGCCACCGCAACUUGCUGUCGAGCGGCCUCAGCGUCGUGUGCCAAGAGCAUGGUUGCAAUCAGUGGGUGCACGGUCUAACGAGAGCUCUCCAACCCGGACCAAACCAUCCUCGGCCGUCAAGUCCGACAUCCAAAGAAUAGUCGGGGCCGCACUGAAACCAUACUAUCGUUCCAAAAUCAUUUCGAAGGAUGAGUUCACUGAUAUCAAUCGAAAUAUAUCUCGGAUGCUAUAUGAGCGCGUUGGGGGCAUUGGAACCCUCGAGGCGGGCACGAAGGCAAAUUUGGAAAGCUCGGCGCGGGACGAAGUGGCGGGGGCCGUGGAUUCCCUCAAACAGAAGCAGAGGAGCAUCAACGGUCAUGAGGAUAGUGCUUGA